GGUCACUCAUUUACUUUUAAAAUCUAUACACAAACUUUCUCUCUCUAAACCAAACACAAAUAGUGAGGAGAGAGAAACUGAAAAUAGAAAGAAACCAUGGACACUCUGCGCCUAAACCCGGCGGUGGCUCAUGUCAUUGGGCCCGACCCGACCCACGUGAACCCCAAAGGAACCCGCGGGUUGAGGAUGGCCAACUUCAGGCCAGUCACCAUCGCAGGCGCCCUGUCUAAACAGACUGCUGAGAUUUCUCCAAAACCGCCAUCUUCGUCGACCGUCUUGACACGCGAAAUGGGCGCUUUUCAGGGCUCUCCUCCUCCUCCGCCGCCCCCUCGGAUGAGGGUCUCCGCUGAUUCGUUGCAGUACCCAGCUGGUUACGUUGGGGCAGUGCCGGACCGGGUGGUUGAACAGGACGAUGCUGGGAUCAUUGAUGCGAUGAGUUACUUGACUAAUAUACUUUCCUCCAAGGUCUACGAUAUCUCCAUUGAAUCUCCGCUUCAGUUGGCUCCAAAGCUCUCGGAACGGCUACAGAAUAACAUUUGGUUGAAGCGGGAAGAUUUACAGCCUGUUUUCUCGUUUAAGCUCAGGGGAGCGUAUAAUAUGAUGGCCAAGCUCACCAAGGAACAAUUGGAUAAAGGGGUUAUUUGCUCUUCUGCUGGAAAUCAUGCUCAAGGAGUUGCAUUAUCUGCUAAGAAACUGGGUUGUAAUGCACUGAUUGCCAUGCCUGUUACCACACCAGAAAUUAAGUGGCAAUCAGUUGAGAGGUUGGGGGCUACGGUGGUGCUAGUGGGAGACUCUUAUGAUGAGGCACAAGCUUAUGCAAAGAAAAGGGGCAUAGAGGAGGGUCGUACGUUUAUACCACCCUUUGACCACCCAGAUGUGAUAAUAGGUCAGGGAACGGUUGGGAUGGAAAUUGUGCGCCAAAGCAAAACCCCAUUGCAUGCUAUCUUUGUGCCUGUUGGGGGUGGUGGGCUAAUAGCUGGUAUUGCCGCCUAUGUCAAGAGAGUCUCACCUGAGGUAAAGAUUAUUGGAGUUGAACCAACCGAUGCAAAUGCAAUGGCUUUAUCAUUACAUCACGGGCAAAGAGUGAUCUUAGACCAGGUUGGAGGUUUUGCUGAUGGUGUAGCGGUUAAGGAGGUUGGGGAAGAAACUUUCCGUGUAUGCAGAGAACUUGUAGAUGGUGUAGUUCUUGUAAACCGUGACGCCAUUUGUGCCUCGAUUAAGGACAUGUUUGAGGAGAAAAGAAGUAUUUUGGAACCAGCAGGUGCUCUUGCUCUUGCUGGAGCUGAAGCAUACUGCAGAUAUUAUGGCAUUAAAGGGGAAAAUGUUGUAGCAAUAACCAGUGGGGCAAAUAUGAAUUUUGAUAAAUUGAGAGUAGUGACUGAACUUGCUAAUGUUGGUCGCAAACAAGAGGCAGUACUUGCAACCCUUUUGACUGAGGAGCCUGGGAGCUUCAAGCAGUUUUGUGAACUGGUAGGGCCAAUGAACAUUACUGAGUUUAAAUAUAGAUACAGCUCCGAUAAAGAGGCUGUUGUUUUGUACAGUGUUGGAGUUCACACAGUUUCGGAACUCAGUGAAAUGCAAGAGCGAAUGGAGUCUUCUCAACUAAAGACUUACAAUCUCACUGAUAAUGACCUGGUUAAAGACCACUUGCGUUACUUGAUGGGAGGAAGAUCACAUGUUGAAGACGAGGUUCUUUGCCGUUUCAUAUUCCCAGAGAGACCUGGUGCGCUGAUGAAGUUUUUAGAUGAAUUCAGCCCUCGAUGGAAUAUAAGUUUGUUCCAUUACCGUGGACAGGGUGAAACUGGCGCAAAUGUAUUGGUUGGGAUUCAGGUACCAAGUUCCGAGAUGGAUGAGUUCCACAGUCGAGCAGACGGUGUGGGAUAUGAAUAUAUAGUGGUAACCAACGACUGUGAUUUCAGACUUCUGAUGCAUUGAUUAACUUAUAAAGCUUUUUAGCUUUAUUGCAAAAAGGCAAAGACAGCAAUAGAGGAGGGUAGUAGAACUAGAAACCCUCUUGAUGAAAAAGCGCCGGGUCAUAGUCUUUAUGCCACAUAAUAGUUCCCUUCUUCAUCCCAAGUUUUGUAUUAUGAUUUAAGUUAUUAUGGUCAUCAAUUUCAAGGCAAGGACUUUUGUUUUUUGGUCAUUUUUCUUGUUUUAGCCCAUAACUUCUACUUAUCUUGUGUCAUAAACGAAUCUAGUCCCAGAUACUUUUUCUUUCUUUUUAUGUUAUUAGUAGUAGUGGUGAACAUUGCUUUUGUUAUAUAGAUUGUAAUAAUAUACAUGAUGUGUGAAGAGUAUGAAACGUGUAUGGCAUAUUUCCACCAUCUAAGCUAAUUGGAUUUCAUAACAGUGGUUUGGUUUUGAAG